AUGACCUACCGCGAGAACGACAACUACCAGCAGGGUGGUCCUCACCACCAAGGCAACCAACACCAAGGCGGCGGUUAUCAACAAGGCGGCCCCCCUCCUCCGUCCUACGGCGGCGGCCAGGGCGAGGCGGCGUCCUACUAUGCCGGCGGCCAACAGCAGCAGCAGCAGCAGCAGUACCCCCCGCAGGGUCAACAAGGCUACGGCCAGCAAGGAUACAGCCAGCCACAGCAAUACGACAACAACAAUAACAACAGCGGCCCUGGACAGGAUGGUCCCGAGGGCGAGCGUGGCCUGUUGGGUGCCCUAGGUGGUGGUAUUGCCGGUGCCGUGGGUGGUAAUAAGAUUGGCGGCAAGGCUACCGGCCACAGCAAGACAAGCACCGUGAUCGGCGCCCUAGCCGGUGCCUUCGCCGGCCACAAGAUCCAAGACGGCGUCUCGGACUGGAAAGACGACCGCAAAGAAGAAAAAGCCAAAAAAGAACAAGAAGAAGCCGACAAGAAGCGUCGCGAGGAAGACGAAAAGCACCGCAAGGAAGAAGACGACAAACGCCGCAAACGCGAAGAAGAAGAAGCCAAACACAAAAAGUCUGAGCACCACUCCCCCAUCCACCACAACGGCCCCAACGUCCACAAGCAAAACAACGACCGCGACAUCCACUACGCCGGCGGCUUCAGCGGGUCCGCCAAGGACAUCCGCCUCGACGCCCACGGCGAGUACCUCUUGCACGCGUCCUGCCAGCGCCUGGACGGGUCCUACCAGAGCAGCACCAUCAGCCUGAACAAGCACAUCAUCAAUGACAAUGGCAGUUUCCGCUGGGGCUCUCCUUCUUCCUCCAAUAACAAUAACAAUAACAACAACAACUCAGGCGGCGCCCUUCAAACAGUAACCGUCCAACCAGGCGACACCCUCCGUAACAUCGCGGCCCGCUUCCCCGGCGCCAACUUCGAGGAAAUCGCCCGACACAACGGCGUACAGAACGCGGAUAUGAUCUUCCCGGGGCAGAUCCUCCAGAUCCCAGGUACCUCCACCGGCGCCUCUAACAACAACAAUAACAACAACAACUCUGGGGGAAGCAGCCUUGCCGAUUCCGCCCGCAACGUGCGGCUUACGGACGGCGGACGUCGCCUGGAAGGUGAAUUGCGUCGGGGUGGAGACUGGGUGGGUAGUUCGAUUACGUUGGAUGAGCGGGUUGGGAACAGCAAUGGGACGUUGACUUUUGUUUGA